GUGGAGUGGAGGAAGGAGUUGAUGGUGAUGGAGGGAGGAGGAGGAGGAGGAAGAGGAAGAGGAGGGCUGAUGUGUUCUGAUCAGCAGCAGGUCUGAUGAUGCUGAUGAGGAUGAUGAGGAUGAGGAUGAGGAUGAUGCUGAUGAUGCUGAUGAUGCUGAUGCUGUGAGUCAGAGAGCGGAGGGUUCAGGAUGCUCACAGCCGCUCCAGAGUAGACCAAGCCCGCACACAGACACAGAGAGACCGAGGAGCCGCCUGAGAGACACGCAUACCGGUCAGCUAUCCAGAGCAGCAGGUGGACUCCAACUCCCAGAAUGCCUGAGCAGAGUAACGACUACCGGGUGGUAGUGUUCGGAGCAGGCGGGGUGGGGAAGAGCUCGCUGGUCCUUCGGUUUGUCAAAGGCACCUUCAGAGACACCUAUAUCCCCACUGUGGAGGACACCUACAGACAGGUGAUCAGCUGUGAUAAGAGCGUCUGCACGCUGCAGAUCACUGACACAACUGGAAGUCACCAGUUUCCCGCCAUGCAGCGCCUUUCCAUCUCCAAGGGCCACGCCUUUAUCCUGGUUUUUUCCAUCACCAGCCGCCAAUCACUGGAGGAGCUGAAACCCAUAUACCAACAGGUCCUUGCCAUCAAAGGUACCGUGGAGUCCAUUCCCAUCAUGCUUGUGGGCAACAAAAGUGACGAGCUGGCCCAGCGCGAGGUGGAGACGAAGGAGGCCGAGGCUCAGGCCGCCGCCUGGAAGUGUGCCUUCAUGGAGACGUCGGCCAAGACGAACUCCAACGUGAAGGAACUGUUCCAGGAGCUGCUGUCCCUGGAGAAGAAGAGGGACAUGAGCCUGAGCAUCGACGGCAAGCGCUCGGGAAAACAGAAACGAGCUGACAAGUUGAAGGGGAAGUGCAGCAUCAUGUAGAGCGUGUGGCGGCGUUGGCGGACUCGCUGUAGAGAUGUGGAAACAGCAGAGGAGGUAGGAGGGGAAGUCUGCUGAUGAACUCCCAUAGAGACUCCCUCUCCCAUCUUUCCCCAGCUCUGCAUCGGAGGAGGAUAGGUCUUCUUCUUUGGUGGCUCUCCUCUUCCAUCUGUCUGAACACUGAAGCCCAGAGGAAUAAAAUGAUGAGACCAACUGAUAAUGAAAACUUUAUUUAUACCAGGGCCUCGGGGCUACUCCUGGCCCUGAACUGGAUUGUGUUUGUGGCCCCAAAAUACUUUAAAAAAGACCCACCUAACUGCUACCACCAUUAACCAUCACACUAAUAUUAUCAUAGAGGAAUACUCCACUGAUUUCAUUGUGAAUCUUAGGCCAAGCUAUGAAUGUAACUUGUAUUUAUAGAAGCAAAAGAUAGAUAAGAUAGAACUUUAUGUAUCCCUGUGGGACCUUUGUUGUGCAGCAGUUGCAGUAUAAAUAUUAGAGGAUUAAAAAGUGUUGACAGAAAAAAAUAUUUUUUCUGAUCAUAGUCAAGCUCUGAUUUGUUACAGCAGUUCCUACAAUACCCAGGAUUCAUAGCAAACCCUGAGAUGUAGUUAAAGAUCUGCACAGGCCUGAAACUGAGACUCAAACCCAGUACCUGCAUAUUUAAGACCCAACGCAACUGGUACUGCCAAAUAUGAGUCCCAGAAAUCAAUAUAUUUGCUUUGUUCAUCAGUUACUGAUCGUUAGCUUGUAAGGCUAGUGCCUUACAAACCCUGAACCCAACCAGAGACCCAAGCUUUACGUAAGCAAAAUGGCCCAAAACCAAGCUGAAACUUGACACUUAUUUGGGAGCCGUCAAGUCGAGCUCGAGGUGCAAUCAGAUGACAUUUUAGAAACAAUGGUUCCCAGAUUUUGAGGUUGACAAAAGCAACCGUUGUUAGCCUAAAGUCUCAUAGCAUCCAGGACCGUCACAGUGGAUGCUCCAGUCCUGAACAAGGCGUUUUGUACCGUAACCUGUAACUUACAGGUUACAUUACAAAAUUUUAGUGUUUUACAGAUAUUUGUCAGGGCUCGGGACACCUAGCUUGAAACUUUAACAAACCGGGACGUCUGGUCACUGUACUUGUAACCCCACAAAAUAAUGGAGCUAGCUAAUGACUUGCUAAUGUUAUGUUACUAUUGUAGACAGUAAAGCUAUUUAGCUGGACAUGCUAACGUUAAGAGCUUAAAGUAGAGCCCAUAAUUCCUGAUUUUGGAAAGACUAAAAUAAACUCCAAACUUUGCUGUUAAGCUAUGAUUUGACAAUCAUGGGGUUUAAUAAACGGUCAAUUAGCAGCGCUCAUUGGCCAAAACAUAUGGUGACCAGACGUCCCGGUUUGUCCUGGACACAGUUCCUUCUGAGCAUCAACAGGCUUUUCGCUCCGCUUAUAACUCCCUCAGGACCAUCUGUUCCAUCUUUCACCACCCCACCCCCC